AUGGCGGCGGCUGCGGCGCUCAGGGACCCGGCGCAGGGCUGUGUGACCUUUGAGGACGUGACCAUUUACUUCUCCCAGGAGGAGUGGGGGCUCCUUGAUGAGGCUCAGAGACUCCUGUACUGCGACGUGAUGCUGGAGAACUUUGCACUUAUAGCCUCGUUGGGACUUACGUCUUUCAGGUCUCACAUAGUUGCCCGGCUGGAGAUGGGAGCAGAGCCAUGGGUGCCUGACAGAGUGGACAUGACUUCCGCCAUGGCAAGAGGGGCAUACAGUGGGCCCGGCUCUGAUUUUUGCUCUGGAACAGAGGGUGAGCAUAGUGCGUCUGUGGAAGGAGUGCCACGUGACCGGAAUCUCAAGGCAGCUCCGUCUGGCCAGAAGGACUACUCCUGCGACAUGUGUGGCCUACACUUGAAAGACAUUUUGGCCCUGGCUGAACACCGGGCAGCACAUCCCAGGCAGAAGCCGUAUGUGUGCCAGGCAUAUGGGAGAGAGUUCAAGUCCAGUGCGUACCAUAACCAGCAUCAGAUGCAGCAGGGUGUAGACAAGCCUAUCAGAAGGGAUGAGGACAGGGCCUCCCUCAUGAAGAGCUGCAGAGAUGAUGCAUCAAAGAAACCUUUCACGGUCAGGGAGGGUGGGAAGGACUUUGCGGAUGGGAAGGCCGGAUCCGGCUUCCUGCCGCAUCAGGUCCCUCACAGAGUGGAGGAGCCACCCCGGGACACUGGUGUCGGGGAUCGUCACACCGUCCAAAGCCAUAACAAGUGCAGCGAGUCUGGGAACACUUUCAGUGACAAACGCGCACUCGUUCAGCACCAGAGAACCCACGCUGGAGAAAGGCCUUAUGAGUGCAACAAAUGUGGGAUAUUCUUUAGCCAUGCCUCCGGCCUCCUUCAACACCAGAGAGACCACAACAGAGGAAAGCCUUAUGAGUGCCGGGAAUGUGGAAAGUUCUUCAGCCAACACUCCAGUCUCGUUAAACAUCAGAGAGUUCACACCGGGGAAAGCCCGCACGUGUGCAGCGAAUGUGGGAAGUUCUUCAGCCGGAACUCCAACCUCAUUCAACAUAAGAGAGUUCACACUGGAGAGAAGCCUUAUGAGUGCAGCGAAUGCGGGAAAUUCUUCAGCCAGCGCUCCAACCUCAUUCAUCAUAAGAGGGUUCAUACUGGCAGAAGCGCUCACGAGUGCAGCGAGUGUGGGAAAUCUUUCAACUGCAACUCCAGUCUCAUCAAACAUUGGAGGGUUCACACUGGAGAAAGACCUUACAAGUGCAACGAAUGCGGGAAAUUCUUCAGCCACAUCGCCAGUCUUAUCCAACAUCAGAUAGUCCACACUGGCGAACGGCCUUACGGGUGCAGCGAAUGUGGGAAAGCCUUCAGCCGGAGCUCUGACCUCAUGAAGCAUCAGAGAGUCCACACUGGGGAACGGCCUUAUGAGUGCAUCGAAUGUGGGAAAUUGUUUAGCCAGAGCUCCAGCCUCAAUAGCCAUCGGAGACUUCACACUGGCGAGCGGCCUUAUCAGUGCCCCGAAUGUGGGAAAUUCUUUAACCAGAGCUCCAGCCUCAAUAACCAUCGGAGACUUCACACCGGCGAGCGGCCUUAUGAGUGCCUCGAAUGUGGGAAAACCUUCAGGCAAAGGUCUAAUCUGAGGCAGCACCAGAAGGUUCACAAACCAGACAGGCCAUAUAAGUGCAGUGAAUGUGGAAAAGCCUUCAGCCAGAGGCCUACCCUUGUCCGGCAUCAGAAAAUUCACAUCAGAGAAAGGAGUGCAGAGAAUGUGCUUCCUCCUCCAGCACAACCGUGCGCACUGGAGAUAAGCUCUGAGGGCAGACUUUAUGAGGGGGCCAUCAGCCAGAGGUUGAACCUUGUUCAUCCCAAUGUCCACACUGGGAAGAUUCCCUAUGAAUGCUAG